AAACGGCGCGCCACUUCACGUUGCAAUGCAGUUCACGCCGCAGCAACUCGUCGGGGCAGGGCGCUACAGCGCCACGACCCGCAUUGGGAACUGGAAUGAAGAUCUCAUGCUUGAAGAAGCACGCAUGAAGGACUACCGCGCACAGAAGAACAAAGGGGGGCUUGGCACUGCGUAUCGUCGUAAAAUAGAGCAAGCGAGCGGUCGCGUGCCGUUAUCGUACUGGGAAGACGGCCUCUUGCGCUACAACUCAUAUGUGGUGGUGGAACACGUGCAAACGUCUGGGAGUUUGUCCAGCGAUGUGUGGGAGGAAACGUACACUGGGUCCGGUGAGUUUGUCGUCAGUGUUGGCAAACGCCCCGCCCAGGCCGCCGCGCGAUCGACGUUUCUGCUCGUGGGUCCGUCCGAGCGGUCGUCAGGCGUUGUCAAGUACGGUGACCCGUUUCGCUUGAUGGCGAACGAAGUACUGCGCGUGGACCAGUCCACGAAUUCGCUGCUUCCUCCUCUGUACCUUCGAUCGAUUCUCAAGAGCGAACGUGCAAUGAGCCCCAUCAGCUCACAGCAGAGCGUGACGCUGAGCCCAGCCGUCGACAACUCGACGUUGUGGAUCGCUACGCGGGGCGACGCCAGCGGCGCGGAAAAGUUCCUCGCCACGUCUACGCCCAUCUCGACGCACGACAACAUCGGGAUCAUCCACAAGAUGACUGGCAUUCUCCUUCACGCGGAUGCCAAGUACGUCAUUGCGACAGAUUUUGGCAACGAAACCGAAGUUUGUUGCGCCACGGUCAAGGGACAUGGCAAGUCAUUCCACCUGCACCACGAACGCGUGGGCGACCGGUCUGCCGACAUGCAUGCCAAGGAAACGUUGUCGCCGAAUCUGUGGCGUUUUGCGCUGGCGACAACCCCCGAUGCGGCGCAAGACGAUCGGGACCUUCCGGUCCAAGUAACCCCCGACGUCGUGUUGGACUUGAUUGUCCAUGCGCUGACACGCACGAGUGUGUUCUAUGUUCGUGCGCUCGUACAUUCUCUCCAAACUAUCGACGCCAAGACCACGGGGCUCAUGGAGCGGGAGGAUCUCAAAUGGGCCAUCAAGGCACUGGAGAGCGGCGAUGGGCCGGCCGUGCGCGAUGAUCACUACGACGUACUGCUCUCUGCGUUGGACGAGGGAAAGAAAGGCUUUGUCCGGCUCACUACAUUCAUUGAUGCCAUACGUGGCAAGAGCCUGUCUCCCUCCCGCAAGGAGCUUGUGAAUGACACGUACGAUGGUCUCACUGGCGCGUACGGCGAUGUGACGCCGACGGUAUUGCGCCAAGCCUACGACAAGGGGUGCGAGGCCCCUUUUCAGAACGUCAAGUCCAAGAACGUCAACUUUCUCACGUUGUGGCCGACGCAGGACCCAACCAGGGUCAUCUCGCGCAGCGAGUUUGUCGAUGUGUACAAGGACGUGUCUCGCGCGAUUCCUGACGACAGUAUGUUUGAUCAGUUGCUGAAGAACGCGUGGGGGGUGUAAGCAUCUUGCCCCACUGACCUGCCGCAACGAGAUAAUGGUUGCAUGCAUGUUUUGUUCAAAGUACUUUUCUCGUUCAGUG